UACGUGUUGUUUUGGCCGGUUGCCGCAUCGUUGCGACGCCUCACUGCAACGAUCAAUAGCUGUAAAACAGCCUGCUAGAACCAGCUACCUCCAAUAGAGUGUACUGACCGUUAGGCAGCACCUACAACAUGCCUGCCCGUCAGGUCAACAACGCCUUCGGUGCCGGUAGCCCAAGCUGGAACCUCCCCUUCCCUAAUGGCGACCUCACGGCCGCCGAGAUCAUCGCCUACUGCCCACACUGGCUGAAGAGCGUCGACGUUAUCGACCGCUUCGUCACCAACGGCGGCAAGUCGCACGUCAUCUCCGUCAUGAUCAACGAGUUCCGGUACCAGCCCGGAGGUGACACGACCUUCGUCCCCAACUCCGUGUGCAUGAUGAUUCAGUACGCCAUGCGGCGGGCGGGCUUCGAGGACUGGACAGUGGGGUCUCAUGCAGAGUGGGCCCGCGAUAGUGAAUGGGACGAGACGCAGCUCGACGUGUCGGACUUUCGUACGCCGCGCAUCACGCACCCUAGGGGAAACGGUGGUGGAGCUCUUAACUGCCAGGCUGCUCCAAUUAAGUUCCGUGACCUUGCUCAGCACGUCAAGAAGCAUCCUUCUGGGGCGGACGCUCUCGAUCUCACCCGCUGCGUGCUCUAUGCCGUCGAGCACCCAGAAGAGCGUUGGCUGUUUCCGAACCACUUUGCUCAGCUGGUGAAAAAGCUUGGAGGCCCGCAAGUCGCUACUCACUCUCACCUCGACCGGCAAAUUUUCGCCCGUCGCUCAGGCGAGUUGAUCUUUCCUCCCGCAGACGCGUCUGCUCUUUCCUUACCUUACGCGCGCACUAACUCCUGCAAUACCAAACUCACCAUGGCUCGCACCCGCCCUAGCGGCCAGGUCAACAAUGGAGCCUCGACGCCACAGAAGCGCGCUCUUGCUGUCGCAGACGACAGCGUCGGCAGCCUCGACACCGGCAACAAGCGACGAAGCGGCCGCCUCGCCGGGAAGGUGAGCGCCAACCUGCACGAAGACACCGAGUCCAGCAUCCUCGACAAGGACGACGCCGCCUCUGAGCGGUCCUUCGCAGCCAAGAAGCGCAAGCUGAGCGACGACGACGGCAGUGAUGCGAAAGCCGACUUCCUGUUCCAGCCCAGCAACGUCACCUCGUCCAGCGAGCCGACCACCGCCAACACCAGCGACAGCCUCCUCACGCCCGCUCCCGUCCGCCCAGGGGCCCGCCGCUCCGCGCUCAAAGCGCGCCAGACGAUCCAGAAGCUCGCCGCGCCUCCUAUGCCAGCCCCAGUCCCAGCGAAGCGCGCCUCCCCACCCAUCGACCCGGCCCUCACGUCCGCCGCGCGCGCCUUCCCCUCGCGUCAGCCCGUCUUCCUCAAGCCCCCGGUCCUCUCCUCCAUGCGCCUCGUCGUCGACGAGCGCAGCGUGCUCCUCUACGCCGAGCCCGGCGCCCCGGAUCUCUGGGCCAGCGCGCUCUCGUCGACGCGCUUCCGCGGGCCCCGCCGCCACCCGCCGUUUCGCGAGCUGUACCGCCUCACGGACCCGGAUCCGCGCGAUGCGAGCGACUGGGCGGAGAACAUUCGUUGGGCGAAGGAGCAGCACAAGGUGUUUGGCAGCAAGACGUGGACCGAGUAUGAUUACCAUCUCGAGUGCAUUACCGAGCAUAGGAGGGAGCACCUGUGGGUGAGCGAGGAGGCUAUCUGUGCCGGGAUGUGAGGUCGGGGGGAGCUCCCGGCUCUACGGCGUUCUGGAAGCUGGUGCCGCGCGCUGA